CCCGCCGCACCCAGGGCCGCCCGCUCCCCGCCCCGGGGCGGCGGCAGACGGCGGAGGGAGGGGAACAGCUCGGUGCAGACGGGCUCCCCGCAGCCCCCCCUUUCCCCCCCGCGGGCCCGGCGGCGACCCCUCCUCCUCGCCGCUCCUCGCGUCCCUCCCCGCGGGUUUGUGGCGCUGUGCCGGGGGAGGAUGAACGGAGGAUAAAUGGUGCCCAAGGCGGACAGCGGCACCUUCCUCCUCCUCUUCCUCCUGGUGCUGAGCAUCACCGAGCCGCUGCGGCCAGAGCUCCGCUGCACCUCAGAGCAGUUUGCGUGUCGGAGUGGUACCAUUCAGUGCAUCCCUUCGGACUGGCAGUGUGAUGGAUGGCCCACCUGCGAGGACGAGAGUGAUGAAGUUGACUGUCCAGGGAAGGAGAAUGUGGACUCGAGGCACAACCGAGGGAGAGGAGGAGACACAACCCGCUUUCACACUCUCAACAUGGCACAGCCUGUCCGAUUUAGCAGUUUCCUAGGAAAGUGCCCAACAGGAUGGCACCACUACGAGGGCACAGCCAGCUGUUACAGGAUGUAUUUAAAUGCGGAGAACUACUGGGACGCUGCGCAGACAUGUCAGCGGGUGAACGCAUCCCUCGCCACCUUCACUGCAGACCAGGAGCUGAGGUUCAUCCUGGCUCAGGAGUGGGACUUGGAAGAGAAAACAUUUGUAAGGAAGCACCAGCACAGGUUCUGGGUUGGAUAUCAGUAUUUGAUCACCAAUCGAAAUCACUCCUGGGAAGGUCACUGGGAAGUAGCUUAUAAAGGCUCUUCAGAAGUGUUUUUACCCCCUGACCCCGUCUUUGAUUCGGCUAUGUCUGAAAAGGAAAACGUUUUUUGUGCCCAGCUUCAGUGUUUCCACCAUCCUAACUUCUGCCACCAUGGUGUGCACAGCUGGCAUCCUGAAAACUGCUAUGAGAAAUCUUCAUUCCUCUGCAAAAGGAGCCAGACUUGCGUUGAUAUCAAAGACAACAUUGUCGAUGAAGGAUACUAUUUCACCCCAAAAGGGAACGAUCCCUGUUUGAGCUGCACGUGUCACAACGGUGAGCCUGAGAUGUGCGUGGCUGCUUUGUGUGAACGGCCCCAGGGUUGUCAGCAGUACCGCAAGGACCCGAAGGAGUGCUGCAAAUUCACCUGUCUAGACCCAGAUGGCAACAGUUUGUUUGACUCCAUGGCCGGGGGAAUGCGUCUGAUCGUGAGCUGCAUCUCCUCCUUCCUCAUCCUCUCUCUGCUGCUUUUCAUGGUGCACCGGCUGCGCCAGAGGCGGAGAGAGCGCAUAGAGUCCUUGAUUGGAGCAAACUUGCACCAUUUUAACUUGGGCCGCAGGAUGCCUGGCUUCGAUUAUGGUCCCGAUGGUUUUGGAACUGGCCUUACUCCACUGCAUCUUUCAGACGACGGGGAAGGUGGAGCAUUUCAUUUCCACGACCCACCUCCACCCUACACUGCUUACAAGUAUCCAGAUAUUCAACAUCCAGAUGACCCACCUCCUCCUUAUGAGGCUUCUGUCAAUCCAGACAGCAUCCUCUGUUCCACUCCAGAUGGAGUUCUCUCUCAGACUGUGCAAAGCAGUCCUCCAUCGCUAGGAAACUGUGAUGUAUCCCCACAGCUUACAGAGGGGUCGCUUCCUCCCUCAGUUGGUCCUUCUCCAGUGGAGCUGGAAGACUCUGCUGACAGCAGCACCUUUCUUGUCCCUCCUGACACCCCACUAAAUGAGAACACACCGGCAGAAACUCUCACGGGCAGCCGUCACAGCCACUGUUCCCUCAACACCAUUGUAUAGAGGAGCGAAACGCCCGUCACUGGUCAGAGAGCGUUUUAGCAACUGUUUGCACAGACAAACACUAAUCCGUGGUUUGAACUUCAGAAGGAAUCUCCACUUUGUUUUUCAGACACUGCUUUUAUGUUCUAGUUUAGGAUCGUGCCUCUCGGUUUUUUUGGCUGUCAUUAUUCAUUCACUAAUCAAUUGGUCCUGUAAAUAUGGAUUGUAUAACUGCUCUUUUUUUUUUUUCCAUUGACUAUGGAAAAGAGAGCAGAAAAUUCCUUUGACUUCUAAGGAGGUGAAAAGUAUGGGUAGUUUGGUUUUUGGUUUUUUUUGUUAGUUUUUUUUUUUUUUCUUAACCUGAGAGGAAUCAAAAUCUACAUCAGAAGAAAGCUGCUUGGAUUUGGCUGGAUACCGCAGGAUCCAGGGAACAGACAAUGGAAAAGGAGGGUGGGGGCAGUCACUGUUCAAGCAGAGAGGACGGAACUGCAGGGGAGGGGGCUGGGGGCGUGUUUUGCAGAGUGGGGGCCCUGAGCAACUAAAACACAGGGCACCAAGAGUUGCACUGUGUAAAACACACGUGGUUUUUCACCUGCAUUGCUGUUUCCGAACACCGCAGGGACGGGAGGGUGAGUAGUCUACGCAAUAUGUGAAUAGGGGGUACUAAGAAAACUGGGAUUUGCAAUUACAAUUAUUUGUUGCUGGUACCUGCAAAAUCUCAUUGUUGGGUAAACUUCUGGCCCAUGAAGCAAACUGGGUCUGUGUGAUGUCCCUUUAGAUGUCCCUCACAUGUGUUAGGUAGUACUUUAGGGAAGGGAUGGGGAGCAAUUAACUUUGAUGCAACCUGAGUUCACUGUAUGAAGCCCCUGUUUGUUAUAAUCCCAUAAGGAAGAUUGAGGUAUUUUUCUUUCUAGGUUAACUCCUUUACAGUGAACAGUUGCACAAGACUGGCCUGGAUAAAAGAUCAUUGUUCUUGCUUUUCUUAGUGCAUGCUAUAUUUUUAGCAUGUGUGUUCCUUCCCCUCCAUUUCACUUCUUUGCAGUUCUACAAAUACCACUGAAAAACGAUGAUCAACAUGUACUAUACGUGAUGUUUAAUUCUAAUUGGACACUUGUUCCUUAUCUGAGACCCAUAAAUUGCCAACCCUGUUCUAGAGAUUUCCCCCGUGCCCCCCAAACCAUUUAUCCAGGUCCCACGAGGGUUUAUAAUGAGGUUAGUGUACUUAAAUCAAUAAAGCAGUUUGCUUCAGUCUGAUA